AGGUAAGACUUUGGGGUUUUAGUCGCUGCAGUAAAAAGAGAUGACGUGGAAGAACAAACAAAAAUCAACAAAUGCUUUCUCUCUCUCUUACACAUUCAUAAGCACCGCCGCUUCUCCGCUUCGUGUUUUAAAGUUUUGUUACCGGAAGAAGUUGUGGAUCGGGUCGGAUCGGAGCAGAUCGAACAAAAUCAAAUGGAAUCGUUUCGGAGAGAGAUGACGUCGAAUUACAUUCAAAUGGAGUUGAUGGAGAUGCAAUCCAAUCCCUCCCGAGAUUUCAAGUGCCUCGCGCUCGAGUCGAACCCACGGGACUGGCAAUUUGCAAUCAGAGGCCCUAAUGGAACUGAAUUCGCGGGUGGGAUUUAUCAUGGCCAGAUCAAGAUUCCGGAGGAAUACCCAGAGAAGCCUCCUGUAUUGUCGUUGUUGACGGAAAAUGGUCGCUUCAAAACCCAAACCAGGAUCGAUUAUAAUUUCGGCGAUUUUUGGGGGCCACACAAUAGAGUGCGAGAUGCUUUACUUGCACUUAUUGAGUUAUUGCCCGCCUACCCAGAUGGUAAGUUGGGUUCAGUAGAAUACGACAAGAAAGAAAGGCGUGCCCUGGCCAUCAAAUCUCGUGAAGCAGCCCCAAGAUAUGGCACUGCUGAACGUCAGAAGUUAAUUGAUCAGAUUCAUGAAUAUAUGCUAACCAAGACACCCCCAGUUCCUUCAAACGGGGGAGGGGACCAAAAUGAUCGAGACAGAAGAAAGCAGGGCAUAGUUACCAAAAAAAGAAAAAGAAAGCCGGACAUCAAUUUAUUUUAUAAGAAUACAAUUCAUGCUGACAACUGCGAGCGGGUAGGAUUUUUCGAUUUUGAGAAGAGGCUCAGAAGCCUUUGGCCAUGGUCAUAGAACGAAUCGGUGAAAUUAUCCUUUUUUUAGGGGCAGCAAUAUUUUAGCACAUUUUCAUCCAUUUAUCAUCAAUAUAUCAAAAAUUUCCACGAUAAUUUAGGUCCCAAUAUUUUCGUUCA